AGAGAGAGAGAGAGAGAGAGAGAGGAAAAGUAAAGACGAGAAAGUGGAAAAUGGAGAUGAGACAAGUAUUUGGAGACUUGGAAAACUAAAGACUCAAGGAAGGGGAAUGAGAAGAAUAUAGCAUCUCUGUGAACUGUAAAAAACAGGGACGAAGGUUCUUUAGAAAUACCCUUUCAAUAAUCUCUUCUUCAUUCUAUUUAAAAAUCAUAUCUUUAUCAUCUGUUUUUUUAGAAGAAGUUAGUAAUUUACAGGGAAAAAUCGCUGUUACUGUUUUGUCUUUUGGGAAUUUGGGGUGUCUCAUUCCAGACUUGCGUCACUGGAUAUUUUACUUUCGAAUUCUUCCUUUGUUUCCAUAAACUCUCUCCUAAACCAACGGAAAAAACCGCCCCCUGUUAAGGAACCCACGAAAUUUCAAAGAUGGAAAAAUUUUUAGAUGGUUCAAAGAUGGAAAAUUUUCCAUUCAAUCUGAGUCUUUAAUGUGGCCUAGAUCUGAGUCUUUCCAUUUUUUAUGUCUGAAAUCCCAUUUUUGGGUUUUUAGACAUUCUUAUUGAGCCGGAGAUCUGUAAGUUACAACUCGAUUUUGGGAGAAAUCGCGUCCAAAAUGCAAAUUUGAGGAAAAAAUUGGUCUGGGUUCUUGGUGGUUGUUUGACUUAUUGCUUUUUUUUUUUUCUGAAGGUUUUCCUUUGUUUUGGGCUAAUCAAUUACGCCCAUUGAUUUAUUUCAGAUCGUAAAUUACAAUGUAUUCUCGAGUUUUUGUUUUUCUCUGAAACUCCGCCGUUUAUUAAAUUUUUCCUUUUGAAGGAGGGGGGGAAGGGGAUUCUGUUGCUUGUUUCCAUUUUCUCAAAGAUGGUUUUCUGGGAAGGUUAUUUGAGUGAUGAAGCGAUGGGCACCUUCGCACCAAUCGUAAUUUAUUGGGUCUACGCUGGAUUUUAUCAGCUAUUACCACCUUUGGAUCAUUACCGUUUGCAUACCAGAAAAGAGGAAGAAGAGAAGAACUUGGUGCCCUUGUCAAAAGUAAUUAAGGGCGUUUUGCUGCAACAACUCGUUCAAGCCACCGUUGCCCACGCACUCUUCUUGUUGACCUCAAAGCCGAGUUCAUAUGGGGUCACUGUUCAGCCAUCGCUCCUUGUUCAACUUGUGCAGAUCUUUGUUGCAAUGCUGGUCAUGGAUGCAUGGCAGUACUUUGUACAUCGAUACAUGCACCAUAACAAGUUUCUCUACCGCACCAUUCACUCGCAACAUCAUAGGUUGGUUGUCCCUUAUGCAAUUGGAGCCCUUUACAACCACCCACUUGAAGGUCUCCUGCUCGACACUUUUGGAGGUGCCCUCUCCUUUCUAGUAUCAGGAAUGACUGCACGGACUGCUGUGAUCUUCUUCUGCUUUGCUGUUAUCAAAACUGUUGAUGAUCAUUGUGGGCUCUGGCUACCUGGAAACAUCUUCCAUCUUAUCUUCCAGAAUAAUACUGCUUACCAUGAUAUUCACCAUCAACUCCAAGGUUUAAAGUAUAAUUAUUCUCAGCCAUUCUUUCCCAUUUGGGAUAAACUUCUUGGUACCCACAUGCCUUACAAUCUAAUAAGGCGACCUGAAGGAGGUUUUGAAGCAAGGGCAGUGAAAGACUAGUGCAAAUAAUUGACCGGUGUAAACAUUUCAGAAACUGUGGUGGGAGCUGGUAAAUUUCUUCUGCUUGACCCAAUACCAGAAACAGAAAAGCUGAACCAAGAUUUGAGGUAGUACAAGUAUCAACUGUUAUGCGGCUUAGAAUUUUGGCAGGAAUUGGUGUUGGUAAUAGGAAUUCAGUUAGUUCAUUCCCUUGCAUUAGACAGUCUUCUUGUGAAGUGUGUAUGAGAGUGCUUCACCAGACUACCUAUGGAUGUGUGUGUGUACCUUUGAGCUGUUUUGUGUAGUAUAUUGUUUAUGUUGCAGAUCUUCAUGUAGUGGUAGAUGUAUUUAAUGUUGGAUUUCUAUUUGUUGUGUCAUGUGUGCAUCAAACCAUGAUUGUGCUUCGCAACGGAUAUUGUUAUCAAAGGUUACUGACUAAUAGUAAUUGGUCUCUGUCCCAA